AUGCUCUCCGUGUUGGGUAAGUCUGCGUUCCCGAUUGCCAACGCGCGCCAAGGCGUCGUUGUCGUCACCAGUCAGGCGUACAGCAGUGGCGCCGUGACGACACCAGAAUCCGCUCAUCCAGCGCCAAGAAUCAGCUCGCAAUCCGCGCAAUUCCGCAAAGGAGCUGGCGGAAGAGCUUCGUUCUCCGGAAACGUCGUCACCGUCUUCGGAGCUUCAGGAUUCUUAGGUCUUCCAGUGGUGAACCGACUUGCCAAGAAUGGUUCACAAAUCAUUAUUCCAUAUCGACAAGACCCGUAUUACAUGAGAGAGCACAAGGUGCUCGGCGAGCUCGGACAAGUGCUCUACUUUCCAUUCGAGCUUAAGGACGAGGAGAGCAUCCGAAAAGCCGUGAGAUACUCGAACGUGGUGAUCAAUCUGAUCGGCACACGGGUGCCAACCAAAAAUUACGGCUACUACGAUGUUCAUGAGACGGGAGCGCGCAAAUUGGCGAAAAUCUGCAAGGAGAUGGGCGUCGAGAAGUUCAUCCAUUUGUCGGCUCUCGGAGCAACACCAGACCCGCCGAAAGGCCAUUUUGUGAGCAAGAGCGAAUUUUUGCGAUCCAAGGGACUUGGAGAAAUCGCGGUGCGUGAAGAGUUCCCGGAAGCCACCAUCAUUCGUCCAUCGGUGAUUUAUGGCGAACUCGACGGAUUCAUUCAGUAUUAUGUGUCGAGAUGGCGAAAAACACCGCUUGAUCAUGUGUACUUGUACAAAAAAGGCGAGCAGACGUACAAGAUGCCAAUUUGGGUUGGUGACGUCGCGCAUGGAAUCAGCAACGUUGUGAACGAUCCGACCGCGAAAGGCCACAUCUAUGAGUUUGUUGGUCCGCAUUGCUAUCAGCUCUCGGAGCUCAUUGAUUUCAUGUACAAGAAGGCGCACUGCCUCCCCGAUUUCGGAUUUAGAUACAAGCGUCACGGACUCCCUGACCCAUAUUUCAUGGCGUUGACAUUGGCAACCGAGUUUUACGGCAAAAUUUUCAAAUGCAAAGUGCCGCUCAACCGCGAAUGGAUGGAGUUUAUUGAGGUUCAAAAUGAUGUGCUUACUGGUGAGCGAACACUCGCCGAUUUGGGCGUUCGCCGAUUGACCGAGUUUGAGUAUGCCGGCGGACAGCAGGCGUUCUAUCGCUCGUUCCAUCGAUACUUUGAGGAGCAGUACGGAGAGCUCCCGCAACCGCCGCUUCCACUUCGUUCGCCGCCAUUGACGAAGAAGAACCUGACCAGUCAAGUACGAUCGGAAUCCGCCAAAAACGUGGCAUUCAAUUAA